UCGUCGGUCCUCCCUAGGCGGAACCUUGUCGUAGUCGGGCAAGAAGUACCCGGGCCCUUCCUGACAGGCGCUCAAACAUGGCCGCCAACAUAGAACAAAUAUUCCAAGACUUUAUUUUAAAUAAAAUAAGAGAAAUUGAGGACCAACAAGAAGAAAACGGUCCUGUGAAGGCCUUGGCUUCAGACGCCGACGCCACCGCCAGGACCAUACCGGACUCUGAGAGGGAUGACAAGGAAGAGGACAGCCAGGGAGCAGCCCUCAAGAAACACAAGAAGCACAAGAAGCACAAGAGCAAGAAGAGCAAGAAAAAGAAGAAGAAACGAGACAAAGACGAGAAGGAGAGCAGCUCUGAGUCUGGGGUCGAGUCAGAAGGAGAGUCCAAGCAUCGCUCCAGCAGAACACCCGGAGAGGAGACCCAUGAUGGAGACGGCAAUCGAAAAGCCAGUCGGCACAAGCAGCGCUUGACGGGGAAGAAGAAGAAAAGGAGGCGGAGAAAAGAAGAUGGCCGAAGCUCGUCCGAGUCAGGGGGCAGCCAGAAGGGUGGCCGCCGGGGCUCCGGCUCCACAUCCCGCCGGCAGGAAGACCUCCCAGACAUCAUUCCCAAGCAGGACAGCUCUAAGGCCGGAGGAGCCGACCCCGGGAGAGGGGGUGGGAGGAGCCAGACCUCGCGCUCCCAUGUCCCGUCCCGCUCGCGCUCCCGCUCUGCGCGGAGAGCGCACCGCUCGCGCUCGCGCUCCAGGCGGCGCAGCCGGAGGUCAAGGUCCCGCUCCCGCUCAAGGUCCAGGCGUCGCAGAACUAAGUCCACCUCCAGGUCAAGGUCCCAGUUCGGCCGGCGAUCCAGGAGGACAAAGUCCCGAUCCCGAUCCCGGUCCCCCAGGAGCCGCCGGCGGUCGCCCAAGGGCCGGCGGUCAAGGACCCGGUCUGGAUCCGGGACGAGGGGCUCUGGACCGGACAAGAAGCCCUCCCUCGACCCAGCCGCCGGUGGGACGGAGCCCUCCGAUCCCUGCCUUCCUGGCAACGAACCCCAGGUCCCUGACCCCGUCGUAGAGCCGGCGGCCCCCACCCCGCGGGACCCCCUCAUCCCCUCCCCGGACCCUUCGCCCCCAGAAGCCGUGGCUGUGAAGGCGGCGGGGUCAUGGAGACCACUGCCGCCCUUGGAGGUCAUGACCUCCGCCAGUUCGUCACGGAAGGACGGCUCCACCAAACCCUCCACCCAACCCUCCACCCAACCCUCCACCCAACCCUCCACCCAACCCUCCAUAGAACCCUCCAUAGAACCCUCCACCCAACCCUCCAUAGAACCCUCCAUAGAACCCUCCACCCAACUCUCUACCCAACCCUCCAUAGAACCCUCCACCCAACUCUCCACCCAACCUUCCAUCCAACCCUCCUCCCAACCCUCCAUCCAACCCUCCAUCCAACCCUCCAUCCAACCCUCCUCCCAACCCUCCACCCAACCCUCCACCCAACCCUCCACCCAACCCUCCACCCAACCUUCCAUCCAACCCUCCUCCCAACCCUCCAUCCAACCCUCCAUCCAACCCUCCAUCCAACCCUCCUCCCAACCCUCCACCCAACCCUCCACCCAACCCUCCACCCAACCCUCCACCCAACCCUCCACCCAACCCUCCACCCAACCCUCCAUCGCACCCUCCGCGGCUGGACCCGAACGUCCGGCCGGUGACCCCGCGUCCCCCCGCCCAGUCCCCGGUGGGGAGGGCUGUGGGGACGGGGCGGGCGCCCCCGGGGAGGACCCGCCCGCCGCCGAGCCCCAGGGGGCAGACCGAGCGGCGGACCCUCCGGCCCAGGAGAGAGGGGAGGACGCGGGGGAGGGCUCUCCGGUUCAAAAAGAAUCCGACGAUCCUGUCCCACUGCCUGGUCCCUGUGACAUACAGCCCGGCGCUGUCGACCCGGGACAUCCUACAGAGAGCCCCCGUCUGUCAGAGAAGCCGCACCCAGACGACGGCAAGGAUACCAAGUCCUCCACGAAGAAGAAGAAGAGGACGUCGUCCAAGUCGCCGCAGAAGAAGAAGGAGGCCAAGAAGAGCAGCAGGCGGAGGUCCAGGUCCAACUCCCGCGCCCGCCGGAGGAGCUCGCGCUCGGUGAGCCGCAGCAAGAGGAAGAGGUCUGGGUCCCGGAAGAAGAGGUCCGUGUCGAGGAAGAAGAGGUCCGUGUCGAGGAAGAAGAGGUCCGUGUCGAGGAGGAAGAGGUCCGGGUCGAGGAGGAAGAGGUCCGGGUCCCGGAGGAAGAGGUCCGGGUCCCGGAGGAAGAGGUCCGGGUCCCGGAGGAAGAGGUCCGGGUCCAGGCCGCGGAGGAGAUCCAGGUCCAAGUCCAGGUCCAAGAAGAAAUCAAAGUCAAGGUCCCCGGCCCGGCGGUCCAGGAGGUCGCGGUCCGGGUCGCGGGCGCCGCGCCGGGGCGCGUACGGCGGGGGCUUCAGCCAGCGGGACCGCUGGAAGAGGGAGCCCAGCCACUCCCCCGUGCUCAUCCUCCGCAAGAACCGCUCGCCCGCCCCCACGCACGGCGGCGCCGGCCAGAGCCCGCCGCGCAUCACGGAGCUGGACAAGGAGCAGCUGCUGGAGAUCGCCAAGGCCAACGCAGCGGCCAUGUGCACCAAGGCGGGCGUGCCCAUCCCGGACAACCUGAAGCCCAGGCUGACCGGCCAGCUGCUCAUGCCCCUCACCAUGCCCAUGCCCAACAUGGCCAUGAAUGCAGCCAUGGCCAGCAUGACCGCCGCGACGAUGACGGCGGCGCUGUCCAGCAUGGGGGCCCUGGCUGCCAUGCCCCCCCUGCCCUCCAUCACCAAUAAGCCCCCGCCCGGCCUCCCCCAGCUCAACAUGGCCGCCCUGGAGGUGGUGAAGAAGAAAGUGACCAAGCAGGCCAACAGCAUCAGCAUCAAGGAGUUCACGGAUAAAUGCAAGAUGAUCGUGGACAGCAAGGGGGAGCUGCCUGUGGCCCAGCCUCACGUCUCAGAUGAGGAGGACGAGGGGAAACCCUUCGGGAGCGCAGCCCUGCGAGAGCAGAAGGCCAUCAGCUUCAGCAUCAAUAACAUGUCCGUUCGACCGGCCGCGCGGAGCGAUGCGGGCAUCGCCAAAGAGUUCCCCGUCUCCUCGGGAUCCCAGCACCGCAAGAAGGAGGGCGACGCCCCCGGCGCCUACGGAGAAUGGGUCAAGGUGGAGAAGACCACCGCCGCGGCGGCCAAAGCAGCGGCCGCCGCCGUCGCCGCCGCCGUCGCCGCCGCCAUGAAGGCGGCAGCGUCCUCCUCGUCGCCGGGGGCGACGGCUGCCGAGACGCAGCCCCCCGCAGUCACCCCGGCGGCCGAGACACAGGUGGCCGCCGUGUCCUCCGCCAGUGACAGCGUUUUCCCCGAGCCGCCGCUACAGCCGGUGGAUAUCUCCCAGGCUGUGAUUGAGCGGAUCAAAGCUCAAAGGCGAUUGGCCGAGAACCCUUGCGACGUCAGCGCCAUCAGCAUGCUCAGCCGCGCACAAGAGCAGGUGGACGCCUGGGCCCAGUCCAACACCAUCCCCGGGCUGUUCACCGGCUCCACGGGGGCCACGGUCCUCACCUCCGAAGAGCUGUCCAGCAGCGGGCCCCAGGCCUGGCUCAAAAAGGUACCCCUAGUGGCAGGCGCGCGCAGACGACCACACUGACUCGCUCCCGGCCAGGCGGGUGCACCGCGCACACACCCGCUACGCGGACGGCAGAUAAAAGCGAACGGAACGUGCUCCAUGCGCUUCACUUAGCGCGCACACGUGCCCCCCCCAAAAAGAAGACACAUCUUUGGGCUGCGCGGUGAGCUGUUGGCACCCUGCAUGGAAGAGAGGGGGGUGCUUCUACCGUGGCUUCUUGGCUGUGAAUUUCACUGUUUUUUUUCGAUUUCGCAGAAUUCAGUAACGCGUUUAGGGGAUUCAUCUCAAGGAAUCACUGUGAGCAGGGAUCUAAAACACGGUCUACCAUUUUUGUUUUAAAUGAGGCGAGUGCUUUUGAACGUUUUGGAUGGCCCAUGCAUAGCACGACAUGAGACGCGAACCGAUACGCGUCACGAUGCACGUGUCACAGUAUGAAACGUGUGACGAUUUAUUCUGAUUCAAUGUCAUGUCAUUGACGCUUAUUCAAAUAUAAUUCCAGACUUGGGAUAUAAACGCGGACGGCCCAUUUUAUAUUUUUCUCCAUUACUAACUGCAACACAUAAACCAUAAAGCAUUCCAUCUCAAAAAAAUGUGAAUUGUAACAUUCAUAAAAUCCUUAGUUUUUUUUCAGCCACACCUUAUCUCAGAUAACAGAGGACACGGGUGGUCUAGCGGUGCGUUUCUUUCCCAAAGUUUUUCCACCGCCACUCGCGGUGAGACUGAAGACGAAUCCCUCAAACGCGUUCACUCUGAAACUCGGCCCCCCAGAAGCUACGGAGCUCCAGGCUCCGCCCCCUCCACGACCACGGGCCGCGCUAGCAGCUAACCGCGCGGCCGGGAGACUUGUCUUUACAGAUGCAACUGGUGUCCAUCUUCACAUCUGGACGUGGGGGAGACGGACAGAGAGCUCAUUCCCCCCUCCCCAAAACGUUGGCGUGUUCCUUUUUCACACACACACACACACGCACACGCAGACACACACGCACA